AUCCAGGUACACCUAUUAGUUCUUUAAUUUUACCUCCUCGCAAAAAAGAAACAGUACAACUUCCUCUUCGAAAAACAUCUAUUAUUACACCAUCUUCUUCCAUAAUUACAUUUCAACAUGUAGCAGAGAUUUCUUCAUGGAUUGAUCGACGUUCAACAAUUUAUGAUACCACUGAAUUACCAUAUGAAUUUAAACUUUUACUUAGGGGUAGUAUGGACGGGUUUGAAGGUGAAACAUUUCAUAGGCUAUGUGAUAAUAUACCUGGUACUGUGGUUAUUGUAAAGAUUAAUAAGACGAAUGAAAUACUUGGUGGUUAUAAUCCUCUUAUUUGGAAAGUCAGUAGUAAUUGGACGUCUUACGGUGAAACGGCUGAUAGCUUUGUUUUCUCUUUAAAAAAUGGAAACCUGAAUGAAUCUAUUCUUAGUCGUGUAAGUGAUCAAUCCAGAGCAAUUGGCUAUGGCAAUAUAUCAGAAGGUCCAUCGUUCAGUUUUAAUGAUCUUGGAAUGACCCAAACUAAUCAAAAAAUUAAAGCAUGGUAUUGUAUUAAAGAUUCAUAUAAUAAACCAAUCAGAAACGAAGGUGGUUAUUUUUAUGUAGAUGAAUAUGAAGUAUUUCAAAUUUGUAAAAAUAUUUAA